CAGUUCUUCUGCCAGUGCCAAGCUGGAUGGACCGGACCUACUUGUACCAAUAAUGACAAUGAAUGUGGAAGCGCUCCGUGUCUGAAUGGUGGAACAUGUGUUGAUAGCGUCAAUUCAUACAACUGUUUCUGUUUACCUGGGUUCGCAGGUGCUAACUGUGAAAUUAAUAUUAACGAGUGCCAGAGUGCGCCAUGUCAAAACGCAGGCCAGUGUACUGAUCUCGUCAAUGGUUAUGUCUGCAAUUGUCGACCUGGUUAUACCGGUGAAUUCUGCCAAACUCAAAUUGAUGAGUGUGCUAGUGGUCCAUGCCGAAAUGGAGGUACAUGUACGGAUGUUAUAAAUGGCUACUUUUGUACCUGUAUCACCGGUUUCACUGGUACCCAUUGUGAAAACAGUAAGUUGAUAUGCUUGCUACUUCCUCAGUUGUUUUAA